GGAAAUGGAGUUCUCAGUCACCAGACAACCACACUGCAACAGGCCAACAUCUCGGAGAUAAAAUGGAUUGCUUACCUCACAUCCAGCUCACAAAACAGGGAUCGAAGCCUCAUUAAGAGACGGAAAAAGAACGGAGCUUCGUCGGAACUCACCCAGGACAAUACAAACAAACAAAAACAAAAUAAUGAAUUCAUAAAUAGUAUAAAUGAAAACAUGUUGGAAACCGAAUUACAUCCUAAAAAUACAUGGAAAAAUCAUUAUUUGUUGAAAAGCAGCAUGCAUCCUAAACAUGUUACUAAAAAUAUUAUGCAAAAUGAAACACAAAGAAUACAUAAAAGAUGUAGCAAAGAUGAGACAAGAGAAAAGGAAAUUUUGUUUCUACAACAAAACCUAAGAAAUAGAAGCUAUAAUGAAAAGAUGUGAAUGUUCAAGAGGUUAUCUCAAAGAAAAAUAAGACAGAAGACAAAACCACCAGAGUGAUGUUAACCUACAGCACAGACAACACACAAGUUAAAUCUAUAAUAAGGCAGUUUUGGUCAAUCCUCACCCAGGAUGCCAAGGUAAAAGACAUUGUAGGUGAAACACCCUGCUUUGGCUACAAGAAUAAGAAAAAAUAUAUAUUACAGGGGCACCUGUGGCCACUACGUUAGAUAGGAUUGUUGAAACAUCCACAGAAACAGGAACUGUUCCCAAGAAAGGGAGUACAUUUCUCCCCAUCACACAACUUCCAGUUUUUGUGAAUCAAACCAGUUACAAGAACCCACAAACUCACAGUCAAGAGAGAAAAAGAAAUAAAAUACUGAAUUAAACAGUUCUAUAGUGGUGAAUAUUUCUCAAUAUGAAUUGACCCAAGCAGAAACUUCUGUUCUCUUUAAGAUCCGAUAUGAAUGAAUUUGUUAUAGACAUAAAGCAUUUUGGAUGUAAUGUGACAUUAAGAAAUAUUUAUGGCACAAACACAGAACAAGUUAGAACCUUAAGGAAACCAAGUACAUUUGCACCUGUAGCCCAUCCUGCUGUGGAACUGUUCAUGCAGCUGUGUAAUAAUGCAGAUGAGAAAUUAAGAAUGGAUACACAUACUAAACAUUAUAGAAACAUUACCUUAUGCAACUUACAACAAAAUGAGAAUGCUGUAAUCAAACCAGCAGACAAAGGAGGUACUAUAGUGGUUAUGGAUACCAGUUGGUAUAAGAAGAAAAUGACCACCAUGUUACAAGAUGAGAAGACAUAUUAUAGAGUUGCACCAAUCCAGUUUAAUCGAACUAUACAAAAAGUGUCUUCCUUACUUCAGGAUAUGUUGACUGAAGGCCAAGUAGAUCUGGACCUUUACAAUUUUUUUAAUAUCACAAAACCCACUGUUCAGAAUACAAAUGGACUUCCUAAGAUUCAUAAGGACCUUCAUAACUCUCCACUACGGCCUAUAGCAGCAGGACAAGGGUGGCCGACAGAAACAAUGUCACUGCUUGUGGAGAAAGAAUUGAGAACUAUUUUAAAAUCUUGUGAUACAGUUCUGCAGGAUACUGAUGACUUCUUAAGAAAGAAAAAUCAAACCAUGAAUAACAUCAUGGAUUAUGACCACCCACUUGUGACCACCCUGGAUGUGAAUAGUUUAUUCACUUCCAUUCCCAACGAAGCAGGCGUAGAAGCUGUAAGAAAGAUCUUAAGCCACAAAAAAACUGUUAAUGAAACCAGUAGGAUUUGUGCAUUAUUAGAUUUAAUACUGGAAAAUAAUUAUUUUGUGUAUGGUACAUCAAUCUGUUGGCAAAAAUGGGGGGGGGGUAGCCAUGGGCACCCACUGUGCAAACAGCUACUCAAAUCUUGUGCUUGUAGACUGGGAGCUGGAGCGUGUAUUGAAUUUAAAUAAUCCAUGGUAUGAAUGCAUCAAAUGUUAUGGUCGAUUUGUGGAUGAUCUUUUUAUUCUAUGGGAAGGAACCGUACCACAAUUCGAAUCAUUCCAUCAAUAUCUAAAUAGGACUACACCUUUUUUAAGCUUUACAGCAGAACACUCUCAUAAUCAAGGUGCAUUUUUGGAUGUGAAUGUUAUUAUAAUGUAAACUGUAAAUGUAUAUCAAGGUAACAUGUUGGAAACCGAAUUACAUCGAAAAAAAUACAUGGAGAAAUCAUUCUUUGUUGAAAAGCAGCAUGCAUCCUAAACAUGUCACUAAAAAUAUUAUGCGAAAUGAAACACAAAGAAUACAUAAAAGAUGUAGCAAAGAUGAGACAAGAGAAAAGGAAAUUUUGUCCCUACAACAAAACCUAAGAAAUAGAGGCUAUAAUGAAAAAUAUGUGAAUGUUCAAGAGGUUAUCUCAAAGAAAAACAAGACAGAAGACAGAACCACCAGAGUGAUGUUAACCUACAGCACAGACAACACACAAGUUAA